AUGAAGCGGUAUGCCUUUUAUCUCGCCAUUUGCUGUGCGUUCGCGCCGCAGUCGGUGGCCGAGAGGUACUACAGCAAGCUCCAAGACUUGCGCAGUUCUGCUGGGACCUGGGAUCACGACUUCGCGUCCAACGACACCUCCUACCAGGUCUUCCUCGAGAAGUUUGUUGCCGACCUUACCUUUGAGGCUGACAUCAACUUCGGCCGCUACUUGAGUCCAGAUUUCUAUCCGGUCAUCACAGUGGGUGGUGAAGCCGUUGCAUACAAAGCCGGCAAGCCCGCGGUACACACCCUGCAGCUGGGUGGGACACCUUCAGAGCUGCUGGUUCGCACCAUUCUAGUCGAAGUGGCACCACCCGAAGCCUUCGGGACUGGCUCCCAAGAUGACAGGACAGUCUACAAGGUCAUCGUGACCAGGCAAGCGGACUUCUCAGCAGCCCUCCUGCCAGCGCGGCUGGAGAUCGAGGAUGACCUUUACAACGUGGUGCUGCUGAGACCGGCGUUCGAGGCGAUGGCCAAAAACAUCCUUUACGAAGGGCUGGUCUCUUCCGGUGCAAAGCGCCUUCGCCUGCAGUUCGCGUGCUCUCCGCCUGCCGCCGCCAUCGCACAGGUUGGCGCAAAGCAGCUGGAAAGCGGCGGCGACAAUGUGGAUGCUUGGGUGGAUGCGGACCCUUCUGGGCAAACGGACUUCACCGUGGCCUGCACUUGGAAGGGCGAAAGGCACAGCGUCGAGGUUUCGGUGGAAGAGAUGGUGGACCUGGGCAAGGUGAACAUCGACCUCGAAACUAUUGGAGGACUUGGGACACCCAAGCAGCUUCCGGACGGUAGUGGCUGGUCGGUGGUUGCAGGGGAAGACAAGGUGCGACUGGUUGCCAUCUUCAAGGAGGAGGGGCUGAAGCUCGACUUCGAGGAAGAGCCCGGAGGGCGACAGUACGCGUUGGGAGCGGGAGUGCCAUCUCCUACGAUUGAAGUGCCUGUCAACAGCACCAAGGAGGUCUAUCUCCUGCUUCACUCUGCCCAGGAGGAGCGGCGCCUCAUCGUCAAGCUUUCGCGGGCAGGGCAGACCCAGGAGCCGGGCAAGCCGGCUGCCACCAAGAGCUCCUCAAGCGAAGUCUCCGCGGCCGCCGUACUUGCCGGCCACGCGAUGACUGCCUUCGCCGCUGUCGCUUCCAUGGCUUCCGCGGCGUCCGCACUCAGUGGCGAUCCCUCGGACGCAGCACCACUGCUCCGCCUCGUGCUUCUGCCGCUUCAGCUGCUGGCAUUGAGCGAGCCCUCCAGUUUUAACUGGGAGGUUCCGCGUCACAAGCUGCUGGGCGACCUCGCGCACUCUCUCAGGGGGACGUGCCUUCAAGCGCCCUGGAUGAUCCCACCGUGGACAUGGCGGGAGCCACCCGAUGAGAGUCUCUCAGGCGCGCCACGAAUGCUCCGCGAGGGCGCUCCGGAGGCCCGAGCAGCGGCGGCUUCCACUCUCACGGUUGGCUCCCUGGCCAUGGCCCUGCUGGUGGUGCUGCAUCUGUGUAUCCUCGCCGGGCGUCUGGCUUUGCCGGUUGACUGCCACUGUCGUCGGUACACCGUGCCACACCGGCUGAAACUGGGAGCCUGGGAAGCCCACGCAAGCCUCCUGCUGGCCUUUCCACUCGCUUGGGCAUGUUGUCUCCUUCUAUGGCACAGGCAAGACGACGUUGACUACGUGCCUGAAGCUCUGACGACUGAGCUGCACAAGGUGGCCAAUGUUGCGGACCUUCUGCCGACUUGGGCGACCUUUGUGCUAACUGGCCUGCUUUUACUUGGCAUCCUCGCCUUCUGCCGCGUCUCUCGCGUGGUGUUCCGCGAGGACGUCGUUUGGCUCUUGGAGGAGGCCGUCCGGCCCAACUCACGUCAGCAGGAGAGCGGCCGAUACUGUGACUUACUGUGUGACCAGCUCACCUGCCGCCCCGUGGAGACUGCCUGGGACUGCUGCGCAUCGUGGAUGCCGUUACGCUCGUCCUCCACUGUGGCAGACGUCGCCGAAGUCAGCUUGGUACCUGCCAGAAGCUGGUUCGGCGGCGGGAGCAGGAAAGGUCUGCUCAAGGUGGAUAUUGUGGAUGAGGACGACGCUGAAACAGAGCAGCUUCUAUCAGGGCCACGGACGCGAGACUCUGGCCAGAGCGACAAGGAUGCCACGUCCCAGCAGAGACCAAGCCUUCUCAAGGCUGCGUAUGCCGGAGACGAUUCCUGGGCCGAGGUGGACCCGGACAUGGAGAUCAGCGUGGAGGUGCUCUCCACGGUCCAGCCGGGCUGCUUCUGGCGGAGGAGGGAGACGGAGGAAGUUGGUUUUUUUUCUGGACUGUCGUGGCUGCAAGCUCUUUUCGGGCCAAAGACGCUCGCACACUUUCAUCAUGAGAUGCAGCUGCUUCUGGAUGAUUGGUCCACACCCCUGCGCGUGAAAGCUUCGCAGCUGCAGGGGCCGUUAACGAACUCAUGGCUUGCGUUUUGCUUCGAUGGCCAGCGCUGGCCAUUGUGGCCAUGUCUUGAGCUACUACAGCGGGUUUGCCUGGGCGUGUCUUGCGCCUUUGCUCUGCAUCCCGAGCACCGCACCGGGGCCCUAAUGGCCUCCUCCGGCCUCUGCUGCACCAUGUUCGCGGCUGGGCUGCUACUGUCGCCUUGUUCCUCGCACCUCGGCAACCUUGCGCUGCUGCUUUGUUACUUGGCCUGCUCCAUCCUCUGCCUAACCCAACUGGGCCACACCCUUGGCUGGAUGGCCACAGACGAGGCCACGGUCGCGGCGCUCCUCGCGGCGGUGCUCGUGCUGAUCCUUUGUGCGGUAGCCACGUUGCGGCUGCUGGCACUGCUUGUAGCCAUGUGUUGCCCGCGCAUACAGGAGCUUGAUGAAACCUGCAACGUGGAUCUCGGACUUCUGGGGCCGGGUGCUGAGUGGUUGCUGCAGCUUCCUGCAGUCUGCCGAGUCCCAGUGAGCGACAGCUUUGUGAUCGCGCCUGCGGAUCAGAACCAAGUGCGGGAAGCCCUAGCCGGCGAAAUCGUCGUCACGCAAAACUUGCUUGAGACGACGAGGCCGAAACUGGAGUUCCAAGCCUUGGAUUAUGUUGCAAAGGUGUCGCCUCUUGAGCCGCCCCAAGCAGUGCUCCUGGGCCCUGGGGGCAGAGGUCAUCGGCACUUCUCCGAGAUCGUGUACGAGGAUGAGGACGCGGGGAAGCUGUGUCGCGAACUGACGGCGCGGUGCUUCGGACGCGAGAUUUCAGAGCCCAUUGCUCACCAAGUGCUGCAACUGCUGCGCCAGCGAGCUCGACCGGGAGAGAUACUGGUCGUGGUGCUCGCAGCUGCUGUUCUUCCAGCUCCGGUGGAGGAGACUUCCUCCUCCAGCGAAGGAGAGCCAGGCAGCGAGCGCUACCCUGACGAGAUCCAGGAAGAGCACGAAGGGGAAGCUUUGCUGAGACCCUCUAUGCCCCACAUGUGA